UUCUAUUACAACCAGACACUCGAUACUUCAAAGAAUUUAAAACCUUCCCCUCCUUUCCAGGUGCUUGUAGUCCAGGAGAAGAGUGGAAAGCGUGUAUGGAAGCUCCCCACUGGAGUUGUUAACGAGGGCGAGGAUAUAUGGUGUGGAGCUGUGAGAGAAGUAAAGGAAGAGACAGGAGUAGAUACUGAAUUCGUUGAGGUCCUCUGUUUCAGGCAAAGCCACCAAGCGUUCUUCACAAAAUCAGAUUUGCUCUUCCUGUGCGUGCUUCGGCCUAAAUCAACUUUAAUCGAGAAACAGGAAGUAGAGAUCGAGGCAGCCGAGGUACAUUCGCACUUGCAGAUCUUCUUGAUUUUGGUAGAAGUACGAAGACUUUACUGAUUAAUCUUUGCUUGGGCUGUCUUGUACUAUACUGGACUGCGUGCUUCAAUCUUGCAAUCU